AUGUAUCAAAGAAGCGCCAGUCCCAGCCAUGGAGAUGCCAUGGGGAUCACAGUGAUUGUCAUAAACAGUGUAUUCCUUGGUCUUGCCGCUGUCGCUGUUGGCAUGCGGUUAUGGUCUAGGAAGAUUCAGCGCCAUGGUCUAUUCUUGAAUGACUAUGCAUCGGUGCUCUCAUGGUCUUUCGCAGCUAGCCUAGUCAUAACCUCAAACACAGUGAUUAUCCACGACGGAAGUGAUAAGCAUAUACAAUACGUAGACCCAACAAGAAUACCGGACAUUCUGAAGGCGUAUCUAGCCUCAGAUGUCGCGUGGGCUGCAGCAAACACGUCCAUUAGGAUCUCCAUAGUGCAUUUCUACAUCACCAUCUUCCGCUCGAACAGAGCAUUUCUUAUAGCCACGUACGCAGUAAUGGUUCUCGUGGUAGCCUUCGGUAUCGGGAUAGUCGUCAGUGACUUCUUGACUUGCCGCCCGCUUUCCAAAUACUGGGACCCUCUUCAAUCAGGAAUUUGCGAAAGCCCCCUCGGAUCUCUUAUUGCUCUCAGCGGUUGCAACGUAGCCAUGGAUUUGACCAUCGUUCUCCUACCAAUGCCGAUGGUUUGGGGGCUACAGAUGACCACACGGAGAAAGAUUGAACUCACAAUCACAUUCGCUCUUGGCUUCCUCGUAUGUAUUGUUACCAUUGUCCGUCUCAUCCUAUCUAUUCACAUGAACCUCGACGAUUUCACCUAUGGUAUUACAAAGAUUGCCAUUGUGACGAUUUUGGAACCUCUGCUGGGUAUCAUCAUUGCUUGCUUGCCACUUUUUCCGCCCACCGUCAAAAAGAUUACUGGCUAUAGUAAGGAGACCAACUCGGAAACACGCAAUGUCCUUUCGAGCAGCAUGGCCCGGCUGCGCUUGAAGAGAUCGAGAAACUCAGCUUUUCAAAGGUUCAAAGACUCCUCCCUGCUCUCGGACCUUGAACACAACAAGACUCAGAUUGAUGCAAGUGAUGCAACCAGUAAGCCGGACUCUUUGGUCGAUGGUCGCAGUCCAUUUGCUGCGGUUGAAGUUCCGCCGCCACAUUCUUCGAUCCACAUGAAACAGGAAUGGGAGGUUCGAUCAGAUGAGGCGAAAAAUCUCGAUGGAAAACUGCGCACCUCAACAUAA